GAUGGUGGGAGCAGCCCCUUUAGCUCGCUGAUGUCCGCGGUGUCUCAUCCUCGCCUGACCAAGCCACAGCUGGCGGGGGUCGUGACUAUCUUGCUCCUGUACGUGCUCGGGCCCUCUGCUGCCGCCGCCCAGCACCACAGCCCGGGGGGGAUUGAGGCGACGACACCCGGGGGCCGUCGUGCUUUGCUCACUGUGUCUGUCCGCACCCGAGACCAUCACGGCAAAUAUACUGCGGGAGACCAGGUCUUGGUGAGGGGAGUCUUUUCCCCUCUCGCGCCCGCCACGCCAGCUGAGGGCAAGUUCUUACAGAUGCAUCCGACGGCGCUGUGUGAUGACAUGCCCCUCGACGGCGACAACUACCAGUAUGGAUGGGUCGGGUAUGUCAAGCCGGAGGUGGUGCCGGCGCUGCCACGGAAAUGCAAAUCCGUUUACGAGAUGGCACGCAACGCCAUCGAGCGGGGUGCCCGGGCCCUGGUGGUCAACGUGGACGGCCUGGACGCGGCGCAACACGAGGUCUUCACCAGGAACUUCUCGAGGGCGCUGCUGGAGAGGCCCUUGGUGGUGCUGCUGCCCGAACAGGCGGAGGACCUGCACCAUAUGAUCAACGUCUACAAGGACCUCAACGUGGAGAUCGAGAUGCCGCCCGUCCGAGACUACUUCGACUUGGGCAUUUUCCUCACCUGCUUCCUCCUCAUCUGCCUCGUCUGCCUCGCCAUCGUCGUCAAGAUGAGGUGGAGGAGGAAUAACAAGCAGAACACGUUAGCGCAGCAGGCGAAGCGCGCCCUCUCGCGGAUGGAAUGCAGGAGAUACAAGGAAAAGAAGAAGGACGAGAAACAGAAGAUAAAGGUGAAACUCAAGAAGAGAAAGAAAAAAGUGAAAAUUCCGGCGGGCGAAGGCGUGGGUGAAGGAGAGGCCAGUAAAAGGGGUGAUGGAGAGGAGGACGAAGAGGAGGAGGAAGAGGAGGAGGAAGAGGAAGAGGAGGAAGAGGAGAGCCAUGAAAUAUCGGUUUUGUCGGAAGGACCUGAUGUCUGCGUGAUCUGCUUGGAGGAAUACAGAUCGCACCAGGAACUUCGCGUCCUGCCCUGCAAGCACGAGUUCCACCGGGCAUGCGUCGACCCGUGGCUGUUGCAGAACCGGACGUGCCCGCUUUGCAAUUACAACAUUAUUGAGGGCUGCUACGAGAGCCCGCCGGCCACCUGCGCGCCCGGCCCCGUCCUCGCCGCCGCCGCCCACCUGUACAGCACGCCCGCGCACUCGCAGUACGUGCUGGCGCCCUCCAGCCCCGCGCACGCCUGCGGCCACCCGGGCUGCACGAUGCACGGCGGCGGCGGCGCGCUGGGGGCCCUCGGGGGCACCAUCCACGGCUACACGGGCCUGGGCUACACGCCCCUGCCGCCAGGCUACAUCAGCCCCCCGCCGGGCUACACGAGCCCCACCCUGGGCUACGCCAGCCCGGAGCCCAGCUACGCGGGCGUCGCCAGCGGCUACGCCAGUCCUGCGGCGGCGGCGGCGGCGGCGGCGUCCGUGUCGGUGGCCGCAGGAGGCGGAUACAACACACCCGCAAGUGGAUACAUUAGUCCCAGCCCCGGGUACGCCGUGCCGCGGGCGGCGGGCGGCUACACGGUGGCGCAGCACGCGGGCGGCUACCUGACCUCGGUGGCCGGCUACCCGAGUGUGGUGGGCGGGUACGGGGCCGCGGGCGGCGGCGGCGGACUCGGAGUGAGUUCGAUAAGCGGGUAUGCGGCCGCCGCGUGCGGAUACGGGUCGGGAGGGGCGGGGGCGGGGUGCGGGUACGGGUGUGCGGGCGGCGGGUGCCACCACGAGGGCGGCGGCGUGAUGCUGCCCGAUGCCUGCCUCAUGUACCCGCCCGCGCCCACACACAACCCCAGGUGCACCCACGCCCACGCCCAGCUGCCACACGCCCAUUCGCAGCCGCCGGGGUCGAGCAGCGAGGAAACAGAACACCAAAUUGUGAGCGUGGAGGUGCAGCACCACCGCGGCGGCGGCGGCGGCCACGCGCCCUGCGGCUCGUCCGGCCCCGCGGCCUCGUGUGGCCGCCCCUCCACAUUCCAGGCCGGCGGCGGAGGGGGGCGCGGACCCCUCCCGGCCGCCCCCAUGAGUCGCGAGCAGCUGGAGCCCUUCCUGGCCGCCCUCGCCGCCCUGCAGGAGGAGCAGCGGCGUGGCGGCGGCGGCGGCGGCGGCGGCGGCUGUAGCGGCGGCGGCAGCAGCGGCGAGGCAAGUGACUCGUCGUCGUCCCUGGAUAACCUGUCGUGCGAGGUGCAGCCGCCCACCACGCCCAGGGCCUCCCUCGAGUCCCUGCAGGAGAGCCCUCCCCGCCCCUCGCGCCCUUCCGCUGCCCUCAAUCCUCCCCGCCACGCCCACGCCCCUGACGCCGCCGCGCCCGCCCUCCAGGACGCCCGCCCCCGCCCCGCCACCGCCAGGAGGGGCGUCGGAGGCGCCUCCGCGCGAAGGGCCACCUGGUGCAGCCCGGGGGGAGGCGGAGGGGGCCACCUGCACCACCCCUCGCCCCUCCACCCCGCCCCCGAGCACUCCCUACCGCCGCCGCCGCCCGCGCCCUCGGGAGACCGCCUGCCCUUCGGUCGCAGGCGGCGGCGCUGA